UAAGCUAAUAUUUUUAAUAAGAAUAUAAUUUGUAUUUUAAUUAUAUUUACAGGUAAAACUAAUUUAUCAGAUUAGUAAUGAUUUUUACUACCCAUGGCCCACGAAUUAUGUUCAUAAUAUCUACUUGUAUGCCACACAAUACACAUUUCCUAAAUUGUAAAAGAUAUUUUGAAUAAAAGUUUAUGACCGAUACGUAGCCUUUUAUAAUUCGUUGUUUAAGUUAUUUGUUAUGUUAAUUGAUGAAUGCCUAAUAUGUAUAAUACACUUAUCGUAAAACUCCAGGUGACGCAUUAAUUGAUUUAUUUAUUUUUAUUUUAUAUAAUAUNAACGCUCGCGUAAAUAUUAGUUACAAAAAUAAAUCCUAAAACUAAAUUGUCAUUCAUAUAAUCCAUGAAUGAACAAAAAAUAUAAAAGUAUAGGUCGUACUGAAAAUACUUAAAAAUACAUACUUUACUCCCUAAGGAGUUGAAUUUUCAAAAAUCAAAUCAGUUCUUUUUGACCUAUAUUUAAUCAAAAGCGUAGUUCAAUCGAUUUGAAAUUAAAAUCCAAGAAAACUUGUGGAGACAAUGAUCGAAAACUACUUUACGUCCCAUUUGUUUUUCGCAGCACUAACAACUGUAAUGACUUAUCGAUUUUUCAGUAUUUUUACCUUUAUGCCCGUUUUUAGUAGUGAAGUGUUUUUACCAUACCAAAAAAUACGAAGAUUCAUCGAUGACGUUUGAUUUACUCCAUCGAUGGUGUUCCUCAUACGAUAUUACCUUAUUUGUGACCUUUCAAAGCGUAUGUAAUAUGUAUAAUGAAUUUAAAAAAUAGCAAAUCGCAUUAUAUUUGCAAAUUAUUCUUGUAAAAUAAUUAGAUAUGUGUAAGGUUAACACACUGUAAUGUAUAACAAUAAUAAUCCGAUUAAAUGAAUAAUUCAUAAAACCUAAUAAUCAACAAAUAAUAUUUGAGCAUGCCAGUUUUUCUAUUGUAAAGUUAAAUUAUAGAAUAUAUUCCUAAUAUAUGCAUGAAGUUGACAACGGUAAUUCAAUAACAUUAUUCGUUAGGAUCAUUUUAUAUUUUUCGUUUUUCUCUCUACUUAGUUUAUUAUACAGGUACAUAUUGCAAUUUGUAGUUCAUCGAAAUUUGAAACGAACAACUUUGGAGUGCGCGUAAUACCGAUAACUUCUUUGAAAAGAUGCCGGACACUGUAGAUGAACCAAAAAGCGAAAUACAGCAAUUCUUUAGUGGUACCAACGUUUUCUUAACUGGCGCCACGGGUAUUGUAGGUCACGUAUUAGUUGAAAAACUUCUUAGGUGAGUCAAUUUUUAUAAUCAUUUGUUGUUUCCUAUCUGUUAACAACUUUUUAGCAAGAAUCAAUUUGCUUCAAUCAAAAAUUAUAGGGGUCUUGGUAACAUUAUGAAUGUAGUGUUUAUAUUGAGUCGGUAGUUUUUUAAUUUUUAUAAUGGUUUUUAAAAAUGUACAAUUUCACGUAUUGUCGUGACGUAAUUUUCUAUUUUUUUUUUUUAUUUUUUUUCCCUCUGCGAAUGUAAAGCGUAAUGUAAUUAGUUUUUAAAUGUCCGCUUUAAUUUUAAAUUACAAUGGAAAUUGCAAAAAUACCGACUUCUGCUUACUAUUUUUCGAUUUAUGUGAACAUAGGCCGAGACAAAAUAAUUAUUAAUUUAAUGCGACAAUAACUACGGUCUGGUCGUCGACAGACUAUUUCUUUUAUAGGUAUGUAUACUAAAUAUGUCAUGCGCGUUAUUUCAUUGUUGUACCAAUUUUUAUUGAAUUUUGUUUAUUAAAACAUUAGAAUUAUUAAAUUCCAAUAUAUUACAUUGAUAUGGAGUGUUCCGUGCUACAAUCUCCUAUAUUAUUGCGGUUUUCAUUUAUUAUCGUAUGUUGCAUAACAUUUCUUGUCACGUUAAAACGAGGAGAAAUAACGAUAUUCUUGAUAAGUUAUCUCACAUCAUUCUGAUUGCAAGUCCGACUAAAUUCUUACUUGAUUUUUUCAAAACCUUUUGAUAGCAUUCAAUUGUAGUAUAUUCGUACGCUUAGAAAACCGAACAUGAAAUUUAAAAGCUACCAAUUUUAAAUCUUAAAUUUACCGUUACUCAGAUAUACCUUCAAAACACAUAAUUAUAUAUUUAUAGUUUAUAUUGGAUUAUAAUUUAUAAUUCAGUGAACCAAUAAUAAUAAUUUAUUAAUUUUUAGAACAUGUUAUAUAAACAAACUUUACCUUUUGAUCAGACCGAAGAAAAACAAAGAGCCCCAAAAUCGAUUGAACGAAAUGUUUAGCGAUUCGGUUAGUCACCCGAAUUUUACAAUACCUAUUUUAAAAUAAUAACAAUAAAAAUAACAUUGUCUUAAUAAUUAGCUGUUCAAAAGACUGGCGGAAAACCAACCGAAUUUCACUGAAAAAGUGGUAGGUAUUGUUGGCGAUUGCUAUGAUCCCAAUUUAGGUCUAUCGGCGGAAGACGAAGAAUUAUUGGUGGCCAACAUAAACGUUGUCAUCCACUGCGCUGCAACGAUUAGUUUCAAUGAAACACUUAAACGUGCGUGUUUCAUCAACGUCAGAUCCACCAGAGACCUACUGUUGAUGGCGCAGCGUAUGCCGAACUUAAAAGUAAGGGAUAUUAUAUAUACAUGUUAUCGGCCAUGUAAUUUACUAAUAGGUUUAUUCAAAACUAAUAAUACAGAUGAGUCGAUAAUUUAUAUUCAUAACAAUUUGAUUGCCUAUUAUUUAAUAGUCGUUUGUGUACGUUUCGACGGCGUUUUCCAACCCGAAUGAAUCAUUGAUCAAAGAGAUCAUCUACAAUUGUCACAUAAAAGCAGAAACGUUAAUCGACAUAGUCGAAAAUCUGCCCGAAUCGAUUGUGACCUCGAUAACGCCACAGUAAGUGUUACUGACGUAAUAAUUAUCGGUAUGUAAUUUAACGUUAAACAUUUAAUCCAUGCAAAGGAUUAUAGGAAAAUGGCCUAAUACGUAUACGUUGUCAAAAGCCGUUGCGGAGAACGUCGUCAAAGACUACGGCAAAAACAUGCCGAUAAGUAUUUCAAGACCUUGUGUCGGUAAUAAUACUGAUAUAAUUGAUGUUUAAAACAUAGAAAUAAUUUUAAAAAAAGUUUAAAUUAGGUUCAUCGUCGUUUAAAUAAAUAAUUUUAAUUUAGAUUUGAUAUUUUAAGAUUCUAAACAAAGUUUGGAAAAUAACUAUGAUUUUACCANGUCGAAAAUCUGCCCGAUUCGAUUGUGACCUCGAUAACGCCACAGUAAGUGUUAUAGACUUAUUAAUAAUCGGUAUGUAAUUUGACGUUAAUCGUUUAAUCCAUGCAAAGGAUUAUAGGAAAAUGGCCUAAUACGUAUACGCUGUCAAAAGCCGUUGCGGAGAACCUCAUCAAAGACUACGGCAAAAACAUGCCGAUAAGUAUUUCAAGACCUUGUGUCGGUAAUAAUAUUGAUAUUAUUGAUAUUUUUAAAACAUAGAAAUAAUUUUAAAAAAUAAUAUGGGUGAUCAAUUACUAAUUAAAAAGUUUAAAUAAGGUUCAUUGUCGUUUAAAUCAAAAGGGUUAGUGUAAAGUUGAUUUUUUUUAGAUUCUAAACAAAGUGUGGAAAAUAACUAUGUGUACUUUUUUUUCUAUCUGUAUGUAAACAAUUAAUUAUUGCGGUCACCUUGCUUCAAUCGGUAACUUUGGCAGUGAUUUUGAGUUAUAAACUUUGUUCAGUUUAUUCACUUUUUUUAAUAUUUUUUUAGCGGUUUUCUUAAUAAUGGAGGAAACCGCUAAAACGUAAAGAAAACGAAAAUAUACAUUAAUUAACGCCUUCUGUUAUUUUAGUUUUUUUUAUUUGUUGUAAUAAUUCGGUUUAAAAUUAUCGUAUAUAUUUCCAAUGUUUAAAGAAUAUUGAGCCUCUUUUAAACAGGAAACAAUUUUCCUAAACAAUCUGGCGAUUUUUGAGCUAUUUACAACUAUGUGACAUUUUGAAGUUUUCAGUUUUAUUCGGACAAAAUUGUUAUGUCUAAAACAUUAACAUGUUCAUCACUUGAGAGGUAAAAACCCAGGCCAGUAUCAAUGCUAUAUUAUUAUUUAUUUUUUUACCUUAUACAUAUUGGCGUACCUAUACCAUUAUUACAGAAGAGCAAGUGAUAUAUCUUUUCACCCACUAUUAAAAUUAAAAAAUUUGAGUAACAAAAACUAUUUUUUUUUUUUUAAGAACUUUAUGUCUGGAUUACAAAAAAUCAAUUUACUUUCCUUUUUUAAAUAUAGUUUUUUUUUUUUUUUAAGUGAUAGUUAAUUCUCUAUCAAAAUCCAUUGCUUAGUUUGGAACAUAGACAUACGUACUAUAAUAUAAUAGACCGGAAUAACAAAUCAUAUGCUAUAUGCAUGUAUAAAUGAUAAUUGUCAUAUGAAAGAGAUAGACUUGUGAGGUUUUCUCAUGAAAAUUAGAAAAAAAAAAAUGUUUAUUCCAUGUUAAAAUAAUGCUAAUAGAGAUAAUAUUUUUAUUGAAAUCUAUACAAAAUAAAUAUUACAGAUACAAAUUUACAAUUAGCUACAGAACUUGAUUAACUUAUCUCCUGUAUGCUUAUGCAGACUGUGUUGGAAAUAGGGAGCUAUAAUUACUAUUAAAUAUACUAAAAGAACAUAAUAAAACAUAAAUUAAUGUUAAAAUACAAUACAACAAAUCGAACAAAGCUAAAAACUUAAAAUUAAGAUUAUAAAAAAAUUUUCUUAGAUGAAAAAAGAUGUCAUAUUCUAUACAGAACAUUGUAAAUAAAUAAAAUAAAUUAUGUACUAUAGGUACAAAAAAUUACAAUUAUUAAAACAAGGUGGUUAAUAUUACUGCUAAUUAUUAUUUAAUUCCAAAAAUAAAUAUAUAUUAUGUAUAUAUCAAGUAUUUAAUAUGUUAUCCUGAAUGUCACCCCAUACCAAUUAAAAAUAGGAUUGAUAUAGUGUAAAGCAAACUCUUUCAACUUUUCAUUGUUUGUUUUCUUAUCGUUUCUUUAUGUUUGACCAAUUUAUAAGCAAUGUAACGUAACUUUUCUAAUGAAUUGUUUAUAUGGAAAUUCCAUCUUAAAUUAUAAUUAAAAAUAACACCCAAUACUUGAAUUUUGCCUGAUUUAUGUGAGAAUAGACGAAAAGUGACAUUAGCAUAAGUAACUAUCAAACUAUUCAAUUUAAUAUCACAAAUUUCGUCGAUAUAAAUUUGUAUAAAUAUAAUUGGUACCAAAACACUAUUAUGUAACUUUUUCAAAUAUUUUCGAAAAUAUACUUAACAUGGAUAUGAUCAUAAUAUUGUUCACAUCCGAUUUAUUAUUACUUUUAAAUAAAGGUUUAACAUCGAAUAAUUUUAAGAUUUCAGGAAAAAUACUUUGUUUAAUACUUAUAGUUAUAUAUACAAGAGGAUUCACUAAAAUUAAUUAAUUUAUACGUUUUAAAAUUUUAACGGGCUCAUUAUCCAAAUCCGUGGCUGUAUCGUCUUUUAAGCUGUUAAUAAUUUAAAGUAUGGCCGAUGAAUCGAUUUUUUAAGAAACACAUCAUUAAUAGAAAAGUUUUUAUGAACAUGAUUUGUAUCCGGAGGGAUCAGAUUACUAAAAUUUAUUUUAAACGAUCUUAAUAAGGAAAUUAUUAAACAUGUUAGAUUUAGUUAUCGGAUAAUUUUGAUAAUGUCAUCUUCAGAUCUUAAUUUAGAACCAGCAACUUUAACUAUUCGAUUCAAUGACAAUUUUGAAUUAGAACUUGCAAUUUCGAAUUUUUGUACAUAUAAAUAAAAUUUAGCUAUAAAAUUAGCUUAAAUAUACAGAUUUUAUGAAUUUAUUAUUUUUUUUUUAUAAUUCAAAGCUUAAGUUAAAUUAUUAGUUAAAUUAUUGUUAUUUUUUUGCAUUUCACUAAGGGAAAUUAUCUGCGGUAAAUUAAGGUUAAUAAUUCAUUAGAUGUCCAUUUAUAUAUGCGUUUUUUUUUAGAUUUCAAAAAUAUACUUGUUGUAGAUUUAUCAAUUGCAUUUUUAAUAAUUUUAUCAAAGACAUUAUACCAAUGGUCUAUAUCACUACAGACAUCGUAUACUUGAGUUCGAUUUUCUUUGGCCAAUAUUGAUGUAAAUGAAUUAUACUCAAUAUAACUUAACAUUUUUCAAUAAUUAACAAAAAUAGCAUUAUUUGGAAUUGAAACACAAACCAUACAGUGAUCCGUCAUAUCAGUAAGUAUUAUACCAACAUUAAUUUUACACGUUACGUUUGCAUUACUAUUUAUACAAAUAUGGUCUACAAAAGAAUGAUUUAAACGAUUUAAUAAUCUUGUGAAAACGAUUAUAAACAAGAUAAAUGCACUUUCAGAUAACAUAUUAAGACAUUUAUUAUUACUUUCCUGCACACCAAAUACAUUAAUAUUCAUAACACCACUAAUUAGCGUUAAAUCAUUAUUAAUUUUUAGUCCAUCAAUUUUUUUUUUUUAAUGAGAUUAUAAAGUUAUCACUGUCAGUACCGUUAGACCUAUAAAUACAUAUUAAAUUAAUUGGCACUUUGAUAUUAGAUAUUUAAGGUUUAUCAAUAUUAGAAUCUAUGAAAUAGUACUCAAAAUUCUACACUUAAAAAUUGUUUGACAAAUACCUUCCCACAAUUAUUUUGAUUUAUUUUAAUGGAAAAAGAAUACAAAAAUAAAAAUUGCAAAAAAGCUAAUAUAAUCUUUUACCAUAAUUAUUUCUCUAUAUUAUUUUAGUUAUACCGUGUUUUAUUCAACAAUAGUUGAUUAUUAUUUACGGAUCACUGGAAAAACAAACAGUUUUUUUACAUCUUCCAUGAGAAAAUCUCUUAUGGUUCUUUCUCUAUCACGCAUAUCGUGCCGUCAUAGUUUAUUAUCUAUUCGCGGUCGUAUAGACUAGUGAGCGGUCGUAUAGACUAGUGACACUAAUGUAUACUAUUUAGAGAUAAUUUUCAACAGUUGUGUGGUCGUAUAGACUAGUGACACUAAUGUAUACUAUUUAGAGAUAAUUUUCAACAGUUGUGUUCAUUUAGAGAUAAUUUUCAACAGUUGUGUUCACUCAAAGCGAUCCGAUUGAGGGAUGGGCUACUAAUAUGAAGAGUGUGCCCGGCCUGUGUGUCGGCGUAUCACUAGGAGCUAUACACGUUUUUUUAGCCAAUUACAAUACUCCUGUAACNAAAAGCUAAUAUAAUUUUUUACCAUUAUUAUUUCUCUAUAUUAAUUUAGUUAGACUUUUUUUUUUCAACAAUAGUUGAUUAUUAUUUACGGAUCACUGGAAAAACAAACAGAUUUUUUACAUCUUCCAUGAGAAAAUCUCUUAUGGUUCUUUCUCUAUCACGCAUAUCGUGCCAUCAUAGUUCAUCAUUUAUCCGCGGUUGUAUAGACUUGUGACACUAAUGUAUACUAUUUAGAGAUAAUUUUCAACAGUUGUGUUCACUCAAAGCGAUCCGAUUGAGGGAUGGGCUACCAAUAUGAUGAGUGUGCCCGGCUUGUGCGUGGGCGUAGCACUAGGAGCUAUACACGUUUGUAAGUGCAAAUGCAGUAAUACUGCAGUUGUUAUGCCGGCUGACAACGUAUGUAAUAUGAUUAUCACCACGGCUUGGCAUGCUUCCAAACCAAAGUAAGUAUAUCAUUUACAACUUAAUAAUCUAUAGUAUAAUUUUUUUUUGGGGGAAGGGGGCGUUUGUCGAGAUUCCAAUAUGUACAACGGUUACUUACUUUUAUAUAGCUAUAAGGAUUUUUUGAAGGACGUUUUAAAAAUUAAUUUUUCCCUUCAUAAAAUAAAAUACAAAUUUCACUAAAACAAAUUAUUUGAAUAAAUUAUACCAGUAAAUAAGAAUUAACUUAUUUCAUAUUGCAUACUAACAAAUAUAUAACAUAUAUAUUAAAUAUUAUCGUUUCUAAAUCAAAAUAGUUUUAUGUUUUAUGAUGAAUUUUAUAUUAUUCGGGUUGACGUUAUGGAUAACAGUCAGGUUCUGGGAGAAAAUACUAUUGAGGCACUUUGUCACUAUAUGAUCCAUUGUUUGCUUGGUCUCUGCAUAAUCUCACGAAAGUUUAUCUCUUUACUUUAAUUUAAGUUAAAGGUGUAUACAUCUGCCUUGCUCUGUUUUUUUUCACUAUCAACCACGUACGUCUUGGUAUUUUUAUUCCUUUUAACAUAGUCCAAGGGUUAUUCACAAGCUUCCGAUUUCGGACAUCCGACUCAGUGGUGGUUGGUGGAGGAUAGGGAGAAUUGUGGUAGUUUAUUGGUAGCCCUCCUUGCAUGUAUCAGACGUUUUACGGUAAUACUUAGAUAAAAGUUUAUGAUUAGUCAUAUCAAAUUCAUCUUUCAGUUAUCCCUGAAGUUCAGUGAGCUAAAAAUUUUACUGAACAUUUUUGUGUUGCACAUACAUUCAGAAUACUUAAAUAAAUUUAAUUUUAGCUAUACAUUUUUUCCGUUUUCUUUUGUUUACGUUAUUAUUAGAUUCUGAAUGAGGGAUAAAGUUUAUAGUUUUCCUAGAUGUUUUUAAAUUAUUAUUUUUCUAACUUUGCGCUACUUGUGUACCAAAAAUCUUUUUUCGAUUUGUGCGUCAUUUUUCGUUGUCAUGGGUCAUAUUUUAUAAUUUUUUAAUCAUAGAACAUUUUUCUUAUUUUUGAAAAUAAAGUUUGCUCUUUUUUUUACAUCAUGUUCAAUCGAUAAUAAUUUUUUUCUAUAUUUUCAUUAGUUCAAACGAUUUAGUUCCUGUAUUCAACCACACGCCCCUUGAUACACCACCGUUAAGUUUCGGUGAAUGUAUGGAAUAUAUUACAAAUUUAAUAAAGAAACACAACCUUUCUUCAGAAGUAGGAGUAAGUAAAUACAAUUUUCAAUAUUCAUUGCUAAAUAUAUAAUGGUAUAAAAUGCUAAAUAUAAACCUGUUGAUUGACCAACUCUUGGUCUUAAUUAUAAAUUAUGUUAAGAACUAUUCGAUUUUUGAAACUGAAAAAUGCCAAUAAUCGAACCAAACUAUUAGUUUGGUUCGAGGUUGUCUCAAAAAUUAUACACCUAUUUUUGGACGUUAUCCAUGUAUAAAAUAUUGUUAUUAUUAUUAUUUGUGUUUGUGUCAAUAAAACGUGUUUCUAUCAGAAGGCUUCAUCCUAUUCACCAUUAAUAACAAGAUACAUUGUUUAUAAAACUGUGUACCUAAUUGGUGAUGCAUUGGUGAGGUCAUUUUAGAAUUUUAUAAUUAUCGUGAGAAAUCAGGAAAGACACAAGAAAGUUAUGGGGAUCGGUGGUGGUGUAUAUUUAAGGAUUUAGGUAUAGGCAAUAUUUAAAGUGCGUGCGUGAGUCANAUAUUUGUCACAAGUAAUUUAUACUUCGAAUCAAGUAUAUUGUGAUUAAUAUUUGAUGUCGACGGAGAUAAUAUAUUGCAACCCAUUUCUACAUCAUCGGCAUUUAUUCUAAAUAACGAAAAAAAAAUUGUAUCUGCAGCCCAAAACGUGUAAAUGUACAAAAACAUAAAAUAUAUUACAAACAAUUCAAUACUACUUUGUUCUACAUACUCGUUAUUUUGAUCUUUAAUUGGAACAGUCAAACUAUCGGGUUUAUCCUACGAAAUAAUUUAAACAAAAAUAAAAAAUGAAAUUGGUAAUGAAACAAAUAUUUAAGUAUAUUCACUUACUGUUUUUUGUAUGCGAUGAGUUUGCCAAUUUAAAAGUGAUGAAACAUUUCCUCUAUUUUUUUUCNCAAGUGUAGUGAUGAGGUGAGGCGAAGCUCAAAUGAACAAUAUUUCAUAUUUUCAUGUUAUAUUAUUAUAUUAUAUUUCAUUCAUACCAAAUUAUCAAUAUACGCAAGGUAUUAAAUAUGUUAUUAUACAUUUUAUAAUUGUACCGUAGUAAUACCUAGAAUAGUAUACGAUAAUAGUAACGAUCUCAUUAUUUCGGUUUUUUUUUUUUUUUGGUUGUUGUGAUUCGAUUAAAAAUAGUCAUAAAGCCCUUAAAUUUUCUUGAAAAACUUCUACUGACCUUUUUUAGACGUGAUAAAACAUUACGAAAAUGUUUAAGUUAUUUUUAGGAAUUGAAUAAAAUUGAUUUUUUUUUAGUUUUUAUUUGGUUUUAUAUGUAUAAAAAUGUUUUAACUGAUCAAAAAUUUUGGAAUUUAUUAUACGAUGUUCAUCACGAAUUAUGGUAAAUAUAAAAAAAAAAGAAAACAAAUAGCUGAACUUAAUUAAGAAGUUUUUUCAAGUUCAAACUUGGACGAAAAUCGUAAAAAGCAUGACGUAUCAAAUAACAUGUUUAAGCAGACUUCAUUCAAAAUAGUUUUUGUAAACAAUGGUUUACCUUUCGUACAGAUAUAAAUUCCUAAAGUUUGUUUUAGAUUCGAAUUGAAAAUUGUAUGUUCGGUUUAGCUUUAGAAAUUAUUGUUUGUAAUAUAAUAAUUAGUACGGUUGUAUUAAAAAAUGUCAACAGUGAACAUAUUAGUUAGGGAUAUUGGUGGAAACGGAAAGUUAAGGUGAAAAUACGUUUUAAAAAGAUACAAAAAUUAAUGUUUUCGUCUAACACUAACACGGGCAAAGUCGUGCGAGAUAAACGUCCAAACCGCGAGGGGAGUAAAGGGAGUGAUUUGAGUACUAAAAUAGGUUAUUCAUUUAACGGUCUGAGGUUUUCCAAUGGGUAUACGUAAUAUAAUCUAUAAAUUAGGAUUACUACUUAUUCUAAGCCGCUUUUAGAGAAGUAUCUACAAGUAUAAUAUACAAUUUUGAUUUUUGUUUUUUUAGAUUUGGAUUCCGUAUGUGAAGACUACGGAUUCGAGAAUAUUAUAUAAUAUUUUAUUUUUCCUGUAUCAUUAUGUUCCGGCUUUUCUCGGCGAUAUCUAUUUGUGGUGUUCGGGAAAAAAAACAAAGUACUUGAAUAUAUUUCUAAUAAUUUAUAUUUAUCUAUCUAAAUGUUAUUAUAUCGUGAUAUUUUAUCCUUUUAAGAUAUCGAAGAUUCUUAUCAAUGUAAAUAGUGUCACAAUAUUAUUUAAGCAAAAUUAUUAUAUAAAAUUGUAUUAAUCUAUUACAUACAAGUUGAAUUUCAAUAUGAAUUUAACCUAGAUUUUUUUUUCAAUAAGGGCGUUUUUUAGGCAUACAAAUCCUUAUUGACCCCUCAAAUGAAACCUGGAGUGUUACAAUUGUAUGUUUAAUGCUUAAGACAUUAGUAUCCAGAAUGUGCCGUUUGGCGGUUUCAACGUGCAAUAUCCACUCCUACCAUUUUUUUAUUAAAUUAUCUAAUUUGUUUUGAAAGUAAUAUAGGUAUACAAUGUGCAUAGCCAAAUAACCUAGUACGAUGACAACUUUAUUAUAAGCAUCAGCCGUAUCUAGUUAGACAAUUUUAAAUGGUUAUUUUGUCUUGCUAUAUACUGUAGGAAUUUUAUCAUUAUUAUAAUUUUUAGUUAAUUAUUUUUAGGCAAAACAUAUUUUUAUAAUUCGAUAUAAGUUUGGGGGAAUAAUAAAUUAGUGACAAAACUCUGAAAAGUCACAGGGGACUUAAAAAAAAUUUUUAUUUGUUGGUUUAUUCAGUGCAGUGCAUUAUAUUAAUACAUAAAAUAACGAUAAAUAUUUUUAAACAGAGCGGUAAAACUGUAUAAAAAACUGGACGUCAUGAUGAAUGAAAUGGAAUUUUUCGCCUUUAACGAGUUUCGAUUCGAUGACACUCGUUUACAAGAGCUGAUUGCAUCGCAGAGCGAUACGGACAAAAAUUUAUUCAACAUAGAAAUAUCCAAUAUAGUAUGGGAAGAUUAUUUUCUAAAAUCUAUAAUAGGAUUCAAACGUUAUAUUUUAAAAGAAAACGGAUGUAGCCCGAAAGCUGUACAGAGAUAUAAGAAGUAACUAUAACUAUUUCUGUUGAUUAUAUUUGAUGUGGAAAAGUAAAUUUAAUAAAAACUUGUCAUUUAAAUUUUUUUUUUCAGACUUUGGAUUGCUUAUUACACUUUAAAAACAGUUUAUUAUGGGUUUUUAAUUUAUUUGAUUAGUUUAAUAUUAAAAUACAUAUUGUAUUGAUUUAUUUCUUAUCUUUUAAAAAAGGGUAAUUAUACAAGAAUAGUUUUUUUUUUUUUUUUGUAAUUAUAAAAAUUAUAUUCCAAAAUAAUUUCGAUGAUUCCUACGAUUGCAUUACUGAAUUUCUCGGUAUUUUCCGAGCUCACCAUUAUAUUUAACACAACCAAUAGUUGAAACUAAAUAAUCAAGUCUUUAAAAAGGGUAAAUUAUUUGUACGAAAAUCAUCAACGAAGGUCUAAAAAAAAAAUGUUUUAUUAAGUUAAUAAUUCAUAGUGACUUGGAAUUUGGACAGAAAACUUGUAUUUGCCAUUUCGAGACGUGGUAAAACUAUAAAAAACAUUUGAGCUUUAUUUGAGAGUAAUUUGUAUAAGGUAACUACUACUCUGUGGAUGAAAUCGUUAGACUGAACAGAAAUGCUUGAAAAAUGAACUGGAAGUUCAUUAAAAGUCGUACUUUGUGGUCAAAACUAUAAAAAUGUAUUUUAAUGUAAUUUUUUUUUAUAAGAAUUUUAAUAUCCAACAAAUAUUUUAUUAAAAAAUUAUGUGGAAUAAAACUAGUAACUGGUCAAUUUUUUUUUUUUAACACAUGCAUAAUGUCGAGCACAUGUAAUAAUACCAUAAGAAAGAUAAUCAAGUCGGAAUUGAGCGGACUGACUUAAAUUCGAAAUUAUAGCCUUUUGAAAUUCUGAUAUUUUAAAACUAUAAUUUUACAGCGGAGCAAAGCAGAACGGAGAGAUGAAUGUAUUGGUUAUACAAAGAUGUUUUUUUUUUUUUUUAUAUAUAUAUAUACUUUGUACAAAAAUUCUACCAGAAAUCUUACUCCAAAGUAUCAAGUGAAGCACCUUUUCUGGAAGGGAAUUUUCCUGGAGUGGUAUUUUAUUAAUUUUUAUAUAAUCUAAAAAAAUAUUGUCCAUUUAUUACCGUUGUACAUGGCAAAUAUUAGAAGUUCGUAGAUUUAUGAGAAACUAGAAUGUAGAAAAUCAUAUAUUUAGAAAAAGUAUUCAAAAAAAAAAAAUAAGAUAAUUUAUUUUUUAUAUUAUAUUAACUAAUUUAUCUUAAUAAUAAAGACAUUAAUA